AUGGAUGUGCGUAUAUCAGACCAGUUCGUCCCUCCACGGUUCAAGACGUACGACGGCACCACCGACCCUGAGGCGCACAUCAAGUCGUUCACCAACGCCAUGGCGUUUCGUACGGGGUGCGAUGCUAUAUGGUGUCAGGCGUUUUCCCUGUCCCUUGAAGGAGAGGCCUUGGAGUGGUUCAAUUCCCUCCCCAACGGCUCGGUGGAGAAUUUUAAAAGCUUGAGUGGCAUGUUUAACGAGCAGUUUGCCGCAUGCCGAGUACAGGACGUCACUCUGGUAGACUUGAUGAAUCUGAAGCAAGGAAAGGAUGAACCACUAAAAGUUUUUAUGGACCGGUUCACGAAGACAAUCCGGCGAGUUAGAGGCCUAAGCCUAGAGAUGACCCUACAGUACGUGAUGCCGGCUUUGAGGCCGGGACCGUUCAAGGAAAGCGUCUGUCGUACUCCGCCUAAAACCCUAGAGGAACUACGCCAGCGCGCGACAGAUGAGGCCCGGGUAGAAGAAAUGAAACAGAAUUACCGAAGAGAGAUACAGGAGGCGAAGGACAGGGACAAGGGGAAGCGGGAGGGACAGUCCCACCGCCCGGACACUUCGAAGGGGCGAGAGGGGCCCAGAGGUCCCCGCUUUCCACAGUAUACCCCCUUAAACGCCCCCCGAGCCCAGAUAUUGCAAAAGGCUCUGAGCACGCAAGUAAUGCGGACCCCGCAAAAAUGCCUUACCCCGCCCGGUGCCGACAGCAGUAAGCAUUGCCUAUACCACCAGAACAUGGGCCACGACACUGAAGACUGCAUGACCCUAAAAGACCGAAUAGAGGAACUAAUCCAAGCCGGGCACCUAAAGCAUUACAUCUGGACGAAUCAGCACGAAACAUCUCCUGCGAGACACCCCUGUCCGCCAGAGAGUAGCCCGAAAAACUUGUCGCAAGCCAGAAGAAGGACCUUUAAGGGGUACGAGAACCGUUCCGACCGCCGGAACGAUCGCCCACCAUACCAACAAGGACAGACCGGUAGAACCAGAAGUCCCGAAAGGAGAAAUAGAGAUCGAAGCAGAAGCCGAAGUAGAAGUCAGGCAUUGGGGAACGGUCGGCCGUUGAGAGGAGUGAUUAACACUAUCUUCGGAGGAUUCGCGGGAGGUGGAGCGUCGUCGUCGGCACGUAAAAGAAGCAUUCACCACCUGCGAUCUAUUUACGCAGUGGAAGUUCCCAGGAGGACAAUGCCCCCCAUCACCUUCUCCAACGAAGACUUUCAUGCACCUGAGCCGGAGCAAGACGACCCGACGGUCAUCACAGUAGAGAUUGUCCGGUACGGGGUGAGCAAGGUGUUGGUGGACCAGGGAAGCUCGGUUAAUAUUCUCUAUUGGAAAACAUUAAGGCAAAUGGAUAUUUCGGACGUCCUCAUAGUCCUCUACGAUGAGCAGUUAGUGGGCUUUGUCGGGGAACGGGUCGACACCAAGGGGUAUCUAGACUUGUGGACGCGUCUGGGGACAGGGCGAGAAGGUGAGGAGAAAAGAAUAAGAUACUUGUUGGUGGUCGCCAACACGUCCUACAAUGUAUUGUUGGGACGCCCAUGCCUAAAUUCCUUCGGCACUAUUGUUUCCACGCCCCAUUUGGCAAUGAAGUACCCUACCAGCAGGGGCACAAUUUGCACCAUCCGAGCCGACCAAAAGGUAGCACAGGAAUGUUACGCCGCAGGGCUUAAGAUGUAUCCUCGAGAGAUGAGAAGAAGGACGGGUGGAGCGGACGUCGUGAUGGCCGACCUAGAUCCCCGGACCAACACGGAAGAUCGCCUUGAACCAUUGGGGGAGACCCAACCUGUAAUCGUGGGAAAAGAUCUCACUCAGGUCACUACCAUUGCUCGGGGACUGGAGGAGGAAGUGGAAAAGAAACUGAGAGCAACUUUGUGGCGCAAUAGGGAUUUGUUUGCCUGGACGGCCGCCGACAUGCCAGGGAUACACCCCUCCAUCAUGUCACAUCGCUUGUCCUUGUUUAGAGAAGCCCGACCCAUAGCACAAAAGAAGAGGAAGAUGGGCGAGGAGAAGAGAAAGGCGGUGCGAGAAGAGGUGAGGAAGUUACAGGUGGCCGGCUUCGUCCGAGAGAUAACGUACACCACCUGGUUAGCUAAUGUGGUCAUGGUUAAGAAAGCUAGCGGCCAGUGGCUAAUGUGCACGGAUUACACCGACUUGAAUAAGGCGUGUCCGAAGGACUCAUACCCCCUGCCUAGCAUUGACGUCCUGGUGGACGGGGCGUCCGGUCACCGAAUUCUGAGCUUCCUGGACGCCUAUUCUGGUUAUAAUCAGAUACCUAUGCAUGGACCGGAUAGGGACAAAACAACCUUUAUGGCCGAUCAAGCCAACUUUUGUUACGAAGUCAUGCCCUUUGGUUUGAAGAAUGCUGGCGCAACUUACCAAUGA